AUGGAGCCAAUUGGCGAGUACAUGGACAAAGUUAUUAGUUAUUUGAAAGUAGGUAUUGAUAAAAUGUUAAAAACAGAAAAAUUAUUCGAACAAACACGAAAAAAUGAUUAAUUUUCAGGGAAUUCGAGAGAAGGACGAAAUGGUGACGGACGGAAUUCGCAAAUUGAAGAGUUGCGAAGACAAAAUAAUUAGAUUCCGUACUGAUAUGCGAGAAAAACAGCAAGGUGAGUGUUUGCAAUCGAUAUCUUUCAAAAUUACUCUCAAAAACUAUGCUUUGCGAGUUAACAACUAAAAAACUGUUCGGAAUAAUGACGAAUGCAUCUGGAACGUCUGAAAUAUUGUGAUUGUUCACUUUUCACAUUUAGAACAACGUGAACUGCUAGAAAACGAGCGAGAAGAGGCGAGGAAGAAGGGAUUCGAAGUGGAGCAGCUCCAGGAGCAACUGAGAAGGCUCACGGAGCACCACGAGCAGGACGAGAAUGAGCUCCGCCAGAUCGCCAGUGACAUUAACAGUAGGCCAGAUUUUUUUGAUUUUUCGAGAAACUUUGUUGCCAGAUCAAAUGGGAUCCCUGAAAUCGGCUUGGAUUUCCGAGAAGGAAGACUUCGAAGCGACUCGCAAAACACUCGACGAAACUAUCAAAAGAAAAAUGUAAGAAAUAAAUUCUGAAAACUGUCUCAUUCAUGCACCUUCAAAACUUUCAGAUCUGUAAUGACUCCUUCUAAUCGUCAGGAUUGA